AUGGACAGACGAAAGAAAGAGGCCGGAAAGAAAGCGGCAGCAGGAACAUCAUCCGACAGCGACGAUGAACCCGUAGAAAUCCCCAAACCCGCUGCCGGUUGGGCCUCCCUAACCGUCAAAGAGGUAGCAAAACAAUGCAAAGUCCGAAGAAUGAAACGGACUGGCAGGAAGGCAUCGCUUGUCGAUCGCUUGGAUGAUUAUGACUCAGAUUUCACGGGUCUGACAGUUCGAGAGUUGCAAGAGAAGUGCCGAAAACGUGGGCACCCAACGAGAGGGACGAAGCGGGAGCUUAUCGAGCGUUUAGUGACGGGUGUGCAAGAGGAGAAGGAAUUGCGGAAGGACAUGGCGGUUAUUUGGGGGAAAGAUCAGAAAGCGAAGGGGAAGGGGAAGAAGAAGAAACCGUACCGGGACUCGGGAUACGAAGACUUUCCAGACGACGAUCUGCGGAAGGAAUUGGCAAGAUUGCGGAUCCCUGUAGCUGUCGAUACUGAACAUGCAAUACUGGUUCGCGAUGUCACCGAGUACUUGGAGGUGAAAUACAAGAAGAUGACCUUUGCCGAUAUCAAGAUCCUGCUUAUCAGAGCGGGUCUGGAUUUUAAGGCAUUCUCGACUAGAGAGAUGUUGAUUGAACGUCUGUUUGUUGGGGCAAGAGCUGUUUUUGAGGCCGAGGAGAAAUGGAACCCAGCUCCUCCACCUCCACCUCCACCGAAGGAGCCAACUGUUAAGGGGGGUACUAAAGGGACAAAAGAUGGUAAAGGGGCAGGAGGUGGUAAAGCGAAAGAUGGCGGUAAAGACGGACGGGGUAUUGAUGAGAACUCAGAUGAGGAGAGAAAUAAGAAGAAGAAGGGUAAGACCACAUCACCAGCAACCGACGACGAUGAAGUAAAGUCUGCGCCCGUGGAUUACUCAAGGUAUGAUACAUUGAGUCCCCAAGAAUUGAGAAGAGAAUGCGUUAGACUCGGCAUCUCGACAGAGUGCCUUCAUGCUGAUCUUUUCAAGCGGAUCAAUGCGCAUUUGGCAGAGAAAUACGAUGGGAUGAGUCAGUAUGAGCUUAGAAUGGAGCUUGUGGGAAUCGGCCUUCCUGUGCAAGGCUCUAAAUUUGAUUUGAUGGCUCGACUGUUUGAGAAUGCUAAACUUGUUAUUUUGGAUGUAGAGGGGGAUGAUGAUGAUGUUUCGCUUGGAAUUUUUAGUGGGAGUGAUACGGAUGAUGGGGGGGCUGGUGGUGAGAAAACGAAGGGAGGCGAUGAACAGGAAAAUCCAGGGAAAAGGAGCCGAAGCACUGAGUCGGACGAUGCGGAGAUUAAGGAUGAGGAAGCGAUCAACAAAAUGAACGUUGACCAACUCAAAGCUGAGCUCAAAGAACGAGGCGAGUUAGUAGGGGGUACUAGAGCAGUGCUUCUGGACCGUCUCAUCAAUACCAAGUGGACAAUCAAAAGACCCAAACCCAAACGAAGGAAGGGCAUGGACGUCUACACGAAAAUCCAACACCAUCUCGAGCCCGGCUCAUAUAUAUUCGAAGACCAUUAUUGGGUAAAAAGAGAUCCUCGAAGUCUCGGCCCACAAUACGAGCUUGUAUACCGGGGACCCAAGACUCCAGCAGCCAUAAUGAACCCUCAAACCUCGAAGGGGCCACGAGGUUGGAUAUGGAAGUAUGCAAGAAGUGAUAGGGUACCGCCAACGCUGGAGGUGACCCCGGAUAUGAAGAGACAGCCGAGAAGACCGUCGCCCGGGACUGCGCCUUGGGGGUGGAAGUGGACGGAUACGGAUGGGAGGUAUACGCCGGAGUUGGUGAAGGAUGCGAGGAUUGAACUUAAGAGGGGAGAGUAUGAUUACACGAAGCGCCAGAGGUGUAAUGGGGUGACUAAGAGUGGUUCGCCGUGUUCUAGGAUGGUGAAUCCGCCGAAUAGGUUUUGUAAGACACAUCAUGAUCAAGGUCGUCUGCCUCGACAUAGGAAGAAGAAGAAGUGA